AUGGGGAGUGCGGGGUCCCUUGCCAAAGAAGCGCAUGAAGCGACGGAGCCCCGGACAACCGAUCCGCCGGUUGCGUUGCCCGGGACGUCGUUUCACCGAGCACUGCUGAGCCUGCUGUGUAUUUUCAGACUUGUGAAGGCACUGACCCUAGCCCGAAGUGCUGAUCCUUUGACGCAAACUGGAGUGGUGGCUGCCGGCGAAGACGAAGAUGGGGUUGAUGAAGCCUUGGCCAAGGAUCGGGAGCUUGCAGAACAAGAGAAGCUCUUCCUGAAAUGCCUCCGGAAGCGUGCAGAGCGGGAGACCAAGAGAAAGCAGGAGAAGGAAGAGAAGCGUGCGGCAGCCAAAAAGCUGAAAGAGCAGGCCUUGGAAGCAGCCUUCGACAAUGAGCUGGAUCUCUUGCUUAAGCUCUUUGAUCAAGGACCGAGUGUUGAGCCAGAGUGUGCGGACGAGCAUGGAACGACCUUGCUGAGCGAAGCAUGUGCUGGCAAUGCCAAGGAAGUGGUCGAAAUGCUGUUAGGCGAGGCGUGUGACCCCAAUGCUAUUGGCCGCUAUCACCGCUCUCCCUUGUGGAGGGCGGCCUAUGCUGGGAAUCAUGAGCUGAUUCGCAUGCUGCUGAGAAGCGGGGGCGAUCCAAGGGAGUGUGACGAGCAAGGAGCCAGACCCAUCGACGUGGCGAGCAACGCUGAGUCGCGGGAGUUCCUUGUGACCUGGGAUCCCUCCUCAACAGAUCGAAUCAAGGAGGACAAGAGGAAAGCCGCCAAGAACGCGGAGAAAGAAGAGAAGGCGAAGUUUCAGCGACAGCAGCAGGAGCUGUCGGACUCGCUGGAGGAAGCCGAGCGCAAGAGGCAGGUCUCCCGACGCUCGGUGUGCGCACAGAGUGCUACAGAGACCGGAACUCACGCUCGCUCAGUAGGAAGUGAGCUGGUCCGUGCACGAAAGCUGCUGGCAGAUUAUCGGCAGCAGAAGGUGUCCUUUGCCGAGCAAGGUGCAGCCGAAAAGAUCGCUGAGUUGGAGCCGCUGAUUGAGGGUGCGGAGGCCUCCGUGAAGCUGUUUGAAGCGUCAGUGCAAGAGUGGGAGUGGAAGUCCUCACGUGCACGUCUCAAGAUGAGCGAUUUGGAGCAGGCCAAGAAGGAGAAGGAGGCCAAGGCGGCGGGGAAGUUUCGUGGCUUCCGGGUGCAAGUCAGCUGCGAAAGCUUGGAAGAUCUGGACUUCUUACUGCCUCGCCUCAACAAAUCCCUGGAGGCGGUGGAAGACUUCUCCUGGAAGGAUGUGGACUUAGUUUCGGGGGACUCCCUGAUCCGAGAAGGUGCCUUCAAGCACCUGAAAGCCAGUGAAUUUAACAAGAACUUCUUGGAGACUUAUGGUCGGCUGCCGGCAGAGCCUGAGGAAACUGAGGAAGGAGCCGAGAACGAAGAGCCUCCCUUCCCCAUCACUCUGGGCUUUGCCCGAGGCUUCAACCGAGUCAUUCCAAUCAAGGCGAUUGCAGAUGUGCUUCUGAAAGACGUGGGCGGCCUGAGAGCGCAAGAUGGACGGUGGCCAUUUGUGGUGGAUCCUUCUGGUCGCACCUCAACCUUUAUCAAGUACACAGGUGCUGCCGUCUACACCAUCGUGGAACUUCAGGACAUGGAAUCGAUGCGUUUGCGCCGGGCCUUGUUGAAUUCCAUGCUCAACGGGGGUGCCAUUCUGAUUGACCUUGGAAGCUUCGACAUGAAGAUCGAGGUGGUUGCAGAGAAGUUCAACGACCUGGAGAAGGGGCUUUUUGCCAAGCUCUUGGACCGUUCGGUCUUGUACUCCUACCUCUUUCCACGGCGCUUCAAGACCCUGAUCACCAAGGAGAGCAGACUGCACGAGCUCGCCAAAGAUUUUCAGAUCAGCAACUUGCUGGACACGUUUUGGGGCAGGUUCGUUUUUGGCUUCGUGACCUCCUUUAGCGACCCAGAUCUGGAGUUUGCCAAGCAGCUCCUUGGAUGA